GAGCAUUUUAUAAAAAAAAAACAAUCGUUUGGACAUAAACAGUUCUGAUAGAUAAAAAAAAUUGUCUGAAUUUUGUACAUUCUUUGUUGAAAUUUAAACACAAAAAAUAUACUUUUGUUAAAAAUCUAUAAUAACAAUCUACACCCUUCGAAUGAAUAUUGUAAAAAGUUUCUUCUUAUUCUAACUGUAUUCGGUUUAAACACCGAAAAUGCACAAUGUCAACUGUGGGACCCAAAUACUCUUAACAUUUCACUAACCAAUUUGUAGAAAAAGAUUCAAAAUACAAUUAUUUUCGUAAGACUGAUCUAUCAAAAAAAACUAUACAUAAUUUGAAACUUAGUAAAAUGUAACGGUGUACAGACAUAACCAAAGAAAUUUUUUUUACAGUACUAUAUACAUUUAUUUAUUCAUAUAUAUUUUUAUAUACACUGGUAUGUGUUUAAAAGGUAUUAUUGUUGUUAAAAUAUUCAAAAAUAUGUAUUCUUCAUUUGUGCCUUUCUUGUAAGAAAUCAUAUUUGUUUAAACAUAAAAUAUGUUUUGCGUUAAGUGUUAAUACAAAAACAAAAAGAAAAGGAAAACAAACCAACCUACCAAACAUCAACAUGCCUUUUUGGAAAUGUUUCCCUUGUAGGAAAUUCAAAAAUGAAGAAAUAAUAACAAUUCUUGAUCAUAGUAAUUGCACAUUAACUGAUGUACCACCCGAUGUAUUGCAACACGAAAGAACACUGGAAGAACUUUAUUUGUCUUCAAAUAGAAUAAGUGCCCUUUCUCCACAGUUAUUUUAUUGUCAAGGAAUGCGUGUUUUAUUCGUCAACGACAAUGAAUUAGAAUCAUUACCUAGUGCCAUAGGAUCAUUACGACACCUACAAAGUCUUAACUUAGCCAGGAAUAGUCUUUCCACCAUCCCUGAAAACAUAACAUCGUGUAAAAACUUAACUCGACUCGAUUUAAGUUUAAAUAAUUUGCAAAAGCUACCCGAUGCCAUCACUGGAUUGAUAGCAUUGCAGGAACUUUUACUAAACGAAACAAAUCUUGAAUUUUUACCCGCGAAUUUUGGUCGUCUGAUAAAUUUAAGAAUACUUGAGUUACGUUCGAACAAUUUAAUUACUCUGCCAAAAUCUAUUUCACGUUUAAGUAAUCUUAAUCGUAUUGACAUAGGAGCCAAUGAAUUUACAGAGCUGCCAGAAGUGAUCUGCCAACUUACACAAUUACGUGAGCUAUGGAUUGAUGUAAAUCGCAUUCGGCGCAUCUCACCAAACGUUUCAAACUUGCGGGAAUUGAAACACUUUGAAGCGAAUAAUAAUCUACUAUCGACCUUGCCGCAUGAAGUUAGUUACUGGCGAAACCUGGAAGUUCUGUCUAUAUCUAUAAAUGACAUAGAAUCAUUGCCAUUUAGUAUUGGAAUGUUAAAAAGUCUUGUAACCCUACAAUGUGAAGCUAAUCAGCUUCGAGAGCUACCCGAUAGCAUUUGUCAUUUGGAAAACCUUGAAGAACUGGUUAUAAAUCAUAAUCUCAUUCUCCGUCUUCCUAGAACCAUUGGGAUGUUGAGAAAAUUAAGAUUUUUUUGUGCUGACCAAAAUAUAUUACGCAGUUUGCCAAUAGAAAUAUGUAGUUGUAACAGUCUGGUUGUAUUAAGUGUGAGAAUGAAUAAGAUUGUCGAACUCCCACAAAAUAUCGGCCAUUUAGAAAACUUACAAGUGCUCAAUCUUGUUGAUAACUAUAUAAGUCAUCUGCCAGUGUCUGUUCUAAGUUUGACAAAACUCACAGCACUUUGGAUUAGUGAUAAUCAGUCACAGCCAUUGGUUCCACUGCAAUAUUUAAAUGCCAACACCAAAAGUUAUCUUACAUGCUUUAUGUUGCCGCAGCAGGCUGCAGCAGCUCAGCAAAAUGUUACACAAACAAUCGAGGGUAGUGAUGAUGAUUCUACUAAUUCCUUACUACAUAAACAAGAACAAGAUCAACAAAUGUUAUUUAAUGGGAGAGCAGUACAUCCAACAUCACAAAAAGUAUAUUAUGCUGAUCAACAGGAAGCAACAUUCACAGUACCGGAUAAUCGGCCAAUGGGCCGAAUAUGCUUUGCUGAUGAAGAUAGAAAUCAAUUUACGACUGAAAGUGACCCAGAGACAAGUCCAUUGCGAAGAAUUUAUUUUGCAGAUGAAGUUAAAGGCUCAGAAAAUUUGGCAACACGUCUAAUGCGCUCUCCUACACCAUACCCCAAGGAAUUAAGACUCAUGGCAAAGCUUGUGAGAAAUAACCAUCAACAGCAGCAGCAGCAGGAAAAGAAAGAACUACACUACCUGGAUGCAAUGCUUGUUCCCAAAGCUUCACCUUCUGGUCAAAUAAAUGAAAAAACACAUCUGUCUGAAACUUUACCACCAUCAGCUUCAACAGGUGGAGUUAAAGAAGCUCGAAUUUUAUUUAAUCCUAGCGGGAGUUCUGUCUUUUUGCAGCAAAUGCCAAAUUCUAUUAGUUAUCAUCUUAUCGAUCGGAACAAGAGUGUUGAUUCGGAAGUUGUUAAUGGUGCAAGUGAUUUACCUCAAGUGCAAUAUUUGAAGAAAAACAAUAUUUAUACUGAAAGUGUUGGGAUAACAAAUAAUAUUCCUAAUAGUCAUCCACAGCAAUCAUCAUUCACAGAUUUAAAUAACUGUGCAGGUGGAAGCGUCGUAGGAGAAGGCAGAUCGACACCAACAGCAGCAUUUACUAAUCAGGUUCAACCUCAACAACAGUAUUAUCAACACUAUCACCCACAUCAACAAAUGUAUCUUGAACAACACCAACAGAGCUAUCCAUCACAUUCACCAUUGCUGUAUGAUAACCAACAAUCGCGAGAAGAACUCAACAAUGAUAUUUCAGGGGCAACGGGGUCAUUCGUGCCUCAAGUAAGUGUGUCUCCAUCAAAAAUUUCCUCGUAUAGCCAACAAAGCUCACAACAUUCACAGUAUAGCUUAUAUGAUCUACAAACAAGCAAACCACCACCUUAUCACAUUGCAAGGACGUACACAAAAAAAUCAAGAGAAGAUCUCCUGAGUUAUGACACGUUUCAUAGUAAAAUACAAAACCACCCAAAUGGAAUUGUAAAUGACGAAACAAAUAAUGUCGAAAUAGACGAACGACACAACGAUGAAAGUAGAUGCAAAUCCGAAGAUGGCAAUUAUUGCUCAUUAAAUGACAAUCAAAUGGGUUUGACUACAAACCAUCAUUCCUAUUUGAAUGACAAUGAUUUUGGUAUAGUUGAUCAUCAAAACAAUAAUAACACUUUGAAUCGUACCUACUCUCUUGAUUGCCAUGAUGGUCUUAAUAAACGAAAUAGUUUACUAUCCUUACAACCAGCAGUUUGUCAAAAAAGCUUUGAACAUGGAGAAGCUGGACAGCGAUCGCAUUCAAAGUUGUCUCAACAUCAACAACAGAAUUGGAAUGGUGAAGAUGGUGACGAUGAAACAGACAGUAUUCAAGCUCCAACAAGUAUGUCAAUUAAUGUUGGAAAAGAUUUAAAGCCUCCAUUGCGAUCAGGAUCGACUACAGCCUGGCUUUUUGGCCUUCAUAAAAAUCCAACUGUGAAACAAGUUGCUAUUAAAAGAGACCAUGAAAUUGGAUUCGAAAUUGUUGAAAAGUCAAACCAGGGUAUUUUUGUGAGUGGAACCCAACCUAACACAUCCGCAGCUUUACUUUUACACCCAAACGAUAAACUACUAGAGGUCAAUGGGUAUGAUUUUACAAAAAUUGGUCUUGUUGACGCUCAGGAAAUUCUGGAAAAUUCAGGACCCUUGAUAAAUGUUAUGAUAUCUCGUACGUAGUCAUAAAAAUGUCAACAAAUAAAACACAACAUCAAUUUUAUUAAUGAUUGAUUCUUAUACUAAGAAAACAUUACAACUAUUUAAAAAAAAAUGAAAGAGGAAACUCCAUGUACAUUAACAUCAAAUAUAUUAAAAAAAAAAGAAAAAAAAAAAAAAAACAAAUCAAAAUCUAAAAUUAAGAAUUCAUAACUUAAUUUCCUCACUACCCAGGUAGUUUAAAACUACACCAUUUCAAUUAAUUUUUGAUUCUAUCUAGCGAAUAACUUUUAUUUGUUUAAAAGAAUAUAAACAUAAGUAAAACUCAUUGUACAUAGAAAAUAUAGAUUUAUUAUAUUGUUUUGUAAAUUUUAAAUUUAGUUAGAAAAAAUUCUAUUGUAAAGACCCUAAGCCAGGUCUUUAAUAGUGAUUUAAUUUUAUUUGUAAAGAUAAUUUAUUAAAUCUAUAUAUUUAAAGCUCAAAGUAUGUGUAAUAUUUGAUAAAUAAAUCAAAAGAGAAAGUGUUGUCAUAUUUAAGUUCACUCAGUAGCUAAAGCAUUUAAUAAUACAAAAACAGAACUGAUAAUAUUUGUGUUUCAAAGUUUUGUUUAGUAUUGAUCCGAUUAAUUUUUUGAUUUGGAUAACAAUAAAAAAAACUCCUCUAUCGAAUCGUUGAGAACUAUGCAUAUACAUAUUUUAUUUUAAUAUACAUUUUGAAAUGGAAACUAUAGGUUGUCGUGCUGCUAUUACUCCAGUCAAAGCCUUGCGCUGAGAGGCACUUUCAGUUUUUAUU